AUGUCUGCUGCGGUGACAUGGCUGCAGAACAGUCUCGGCAUCGAUGUGACGGGUGAGUGGGCUCGCCACAUUAAUCUCAACGUCGGUGGCACCCUUUAUACCACACGCCGGUACACGCUACGCGAGCUCAAAGGCCAUCGCAUUUUUGGCCCCAUCCUAGAAAACCGGGCGCACCGCUGCGAGGAUGGCAGUUUCCUCAUCGAUCGAGACGGCACCUUGUUCCGCUAUGUGAUUGGCUACCUCCGUGAUGGACACCUCUCCGUCCCCGACAACUUCGCAGAGUGGGAUAUGCUGCUUCAGGAGGUACGCUACUAUGAUCUACCAGGAAUGGAGAAGAGUAUCAUGGAGCGCUUCGAGUUCCAGCGAAGCGUCUUCCGUCGCAAUCUUCCUCACGGGGUGUAUGUGUGGUGGCCUCCAGCAUCGCCGCAGAUUGAAGAAAAGGCGACAGUCACGUCAGGUCCGUCUGGUCGCCUUGCAGCCACGCCUUCUCAACCCCCUUUCUCCUCCUCUCCUCCACCAAUCACAGAUAGUGCUACAGGGAGGUGCGCCACGCACGGUGCUGCCGCCGUCAGGGAUCUGACUCGCGGACUGGAGAGGGAGGACAUGGCGACGGCGGCGGUUGGUGAUGCUGCAACCUCGAGUAGUGCUGGUGCUGCGUCGCCUUCGCUCUCAUCAGCCUCCCUGCCUGUCCGCAUUGUGCCGCCGCUGCCUGGGCUGACGGUGGAAGCGGCGUCUGGGCGGCGAGUCGUGUUCCGUGAGUCGCAGGUGCUUCAGGACCUCGACCAGCUCGUGACGGUGCUGCUCACAGCCUAUGGCUUUUCAAUCCAGCACUGGGACAACGAACGAGGACGCGUGCUUCUCACGCUGCCUGGGCUUAUGUAA